GUCACGUCCAGCUAACGCGAUACUCUUGCUGGACUUUAGAGACAGAGGGGUCGCAUAUUGCGGUAAAGGAAAAAUAAGAAAAAGAAAACGCCGAAAGGAGGAAGGGUUUUGUCGAGCUGAUACCCCGACGUCUGUCGACAUAUUGGAAUAGCGUUCGUUUCACGUGACCCUUCAACCCAGAGAUGAAUUUCGAACAGCCCCCUCCGUAUCCAGGCAAUGUCCCAACAGCUCCGGGCUACCCAGCGCAAGGCCCACCUCCACAAGGUUACCCUCCUCAAGGUUAUCCUCCACAGGGGUAUCCUGUGAACAUGGAACAGCCCAAUCCAGCUUACCCUAACUACCCUCCUGGACCAAUGGGACCUGGAGGUCCAUAUCCUGGCCCUGGACAGCCUCCUUAUGGAUAUCCCGGUCAACCACAGUACGGCUGGCAGGGUGGACCCCCUCCUGGGCCCAUGUAUGGAGAAGCACCAAAAAACACAGUGUAUGUGGUGGAAGACAGGAGACGGGACGACACAGGAGACACGUGCCUGACAGCCUGCUGGACAGCCCUGUGUUGCUGCUGUCUCUGGGACAUGCUGACAUAACGCUGUUCCUCAACGGUUUGGCCCUGUUACCCUCUCGACCCCCGUCUCUCUGCAGUCCACGCCACCUUUCCCCUCUAUCUGCCUUAAGCCCCGCUCCGUUCUACCGCUCUCCCUCUGUUUUCUUUACUUGUCUAUAAAUGAAAGCCUCGGUCCCACAUGGAAUGCUCUUCACCUGACGUUAAGCUCUCAACACUGAUUCAUUUGUACAUAGGUUACACUGAAACUCAGCUUCUACACAGAUGAAUCUCAGGCCUUAUGUCCAAAGUUAGGUACAUACACAUAACCACACACACACUCCAAGAUAAAUAAACAAUCAUGCAUACUGUAGUACAGUGUAUGUGGAUCUCAGGCUUGUCUAGUGCAAUGCUCUUUGGCACUUUACAAUGAUUACCUCUGUAAGAUAUCACUCCUGCCUGCCUGUUUUCUCAUUUCCUUCACCCCCUUCUGCCUUUAAACGUCUUCAGUUCUUUUACCCACAAUGCCUAAGGACUAUCCUUCAUUCUGGCCUCUGCUCCCAAAGUGCUCCAAGACCCGCGAGCUGAUCUUAGAUCUGUGUCUUUGGAAGGAAUCAAAUGAAAACAGAAGUUUUUAAAGACGACAGUGAUUUAUGUUUAAUUACUUUCAACAUUUAAUGGCUGCAAUAUAUAUUUUUUAAUUUAUUUUAUUGCUUACAUUGAUAUGAAAAAUUGUUCUACACAUUUUUUUUUUAUUAUAAAUUCUGGAAAUAAAUCUGAAUAUAUGACACAAGUUGUAAUGGCUGAACUGGAAAAAAACCCACAUUACUCGUAG